AUGAGUGAAGACACUAUACGUUUUGUCGAUGAGACCAAGCAAACACAAGACACUUAUUCCUACCUGAAACCUAUUGGCAUUCGUAAACUUCGAAAACAAAUCAAUACGAAAGAGUUCAAAAAGAAUUACUUUGUCAUUGAUACUAGGAAAGAUGAACCCAUGGUGGUCCAUUACGAUUCCGGGACUCAAGGAAUUGCUCCAAACAUGCAGUUGACCUCUGCCAAUGCUAGUUCAGGUACCCCAAGCAGUGGCAUGAUUACUUCACCUCUCAAAACUCCAACCAGAACACCGACUUUUGAAUUUCAAAACAUGUGUUUGAAUCAACCCACCAAUCAUGGUAACACUCCUCAACAAUUGUCACAACACGCAUUCUUCAAUCCUUCUUCGUCUUCAGUGUCGAAUCCUCUCAUAAUGAACCAUCCUCAUUCCUCACCUCCCACUCAUGAGUUGUCCAUGAAUUAUUUUGGUAUGGAUCCCAUGUGCAUGAAUGUCAGCACGCACACACCUGCCUCUACACCCACCUCUGCGAAUGGUCACCAUGUUCAAUUCUUGCAAGCACCAUUUCUUCCUCAACAAACUCAAUCCACAUUGACUAGUAGCAAUGCAUGA